UUUCCCUAAAUUAUUGUAUAAAAUUAAUUUGCUUUUCCCUUGAUUACUACAAGAGUAUCGACCUCAUUUUUCUUGCGAAAAUGGGUAAACUUAACGUAACAGUGUUACGUUAUUUAAGCAAGGAGGAUUUCCGAAUCCUCACGGCGAUCGAGAUGGGAAUGAAAAAUCACGAACUUGUUCCGGGCGCGUUGGUAGCGGCCAUUGCCAGCCUAAAAGCUGGCGGUGUCCACAAGUUGCUGCGAGAACUUUGCAAACACAAACUGUUGAGUUAUGAACGCGGGAAAAGAUUUGAUGGUUACCGUUUGACUAAUACGGGCUACGACUACCUCGCGCUGAAAUCGCUUACUCUACGUGGUUCGAUUUCCGGUUUUGGCAAUCAGAUAGGUGUGGGGAAAGAAUCCAAUAUCUACACGGUCGUAGACGAGCAGGGAACUCCCCUUUGCUUGAAGCUUCAUCGGUUGGGGAGGGUUUGCUUCCGGAAUGUUAAGGAAAAACGAGAUUAUCACGGAAAACGGCAUAAGAUGAGCUGGCUCUAUUUGUCGCGUAUUUCGGCUACUCGUGAGUUUGCCUACAUGAAAGCGUUGUACGAUCGAGGUUUUCCAGUGCCGCAGCCGAUUGAUUUCAACCGGCACUGUGUGAUUAUGGAGCUGGUGGAUGGCUAUCCGCUGACGAACGUGUGCGAGGUCGGCAACGUGGAAACGUUGUACGAUGAUUUGAUGAAUCUCAUCGUACGGCUUGGCAAUUGUGGUGUCAUUCACGGGGAUUUUAACGAGUUCAAUGUGAUGAUAACCGAGCAGGACCAGAAGCCGAUUCUGAUUGAUUUUCCCCAGAUGGUAUCGACGUCGCAUCCGAACGCGGAAAUGUAUUUUGACCGAGACGUUCAGGGUGUGCGCGAACUGUUUCGGAAGAAAUUCGCCUACGAAAGCGAGGAAUAUCCGAAAUUUAGCGACCUCGAACGGGAGGAUGAACUUGAUCGGGAGGUUUUGUGUUCCGGGUAUGGUUUCACGCAAGAAAUGGAGGAUGAUGUGCUGAAUGAGUAUCAUCAGAUCGCUGAGAACGCAGGGGAUGAAGCAGAGAGCGACGCCGGCAGUGAUGAAGAUUACCAGGGUAGUGUGACUGGCGAGUUAGAUGAGGAUGAGAUUGAGGAGUGCCGGAAAAAGCUUGAGGAGGAGAUAAAAUUCUCUCAGGAAAAGCCUACACCUGUUCAAACAAAACCGGAAAACAAACAUUCUAGUAUCCUCAAAUACAUAGCUUCGAUGCCGGCGGAUGAAAUGGAAAACCCGUUCGGUGCAGAAGAGGAGGAGAUUUUCAAAGAUGCUAUGGAAAACGUAGUCGAACAACCAUUCCCGGAGCCAUCUCAGUCGAGUUCAUUGGUCGUACCAGGGAAAGAAGCAAACGAUGCUGACGAUGCACAAUCAAUUAGCUCGAACGAGCUGAUAACCAACGAGGAGGAUGACAAAUUGGCCGAGUUGGAUCCCAACUCACGCGAAUAUCGUAUGCUGAUGGUGCGGAAACUGCUGGAUGAUGCUCGCAGUGCGCGAUCUUAUUCGACCUCAGCAAGUACAAUAGCGCCGUCUGUAGUGUCGGAGCGAAUCAAAAACGGUCUCCGCGAGCGAGAGAAAAAGGAUCAGAAGAAGCGAGCCGUUCCGAAAGGGGAAGCCAGUGCAGUCAGGCGGAUGCGUAAAGAUAAUAACAGCAUCGUCAAGGAGUAUCGUGGAUGGGACUUUUAGUAAUAAGCUAUGCUUGCUGUAGGUAAUUUUUACUAAAGAACAUUGUAAAUAUAAAAUGCUAACAAACAUGUGGA